AUGGAAUCUCCUAUUCGCUAACUGUUGCGCAACAACCUAAUCCUGAAUACUUAUAAAUAGAUAAUUUACCCACAAGUGUUAUGUUCUCUUCUUUAAACGCACAACAAGAAAAGAAAUUUAUUUACACUAUCGCAAGUAUUUUUUUUAUCCUAAUUCGCCAGAAUCAAAUGCAAACGACAUCUGCACUAUUUUACAACAACUAUAUUACAAUUUAUUUUAACGUUCCUUUUUCUACCGUCUAGAGUCUAGAACGUAUCACGAUAACAGUGCAUCAGAAUUUUUCAUUUAUGCAUUGCAAAAAAGGAUGAUAUCAUUCAUUAAAUCCGAGUGACGUAUUUACGUGUCAACGCUAUCAAAAGAAUAAGUAAUAUAUUUAGACUAAGUGCUGUGAUAUAAUACCGACAAUGGAUCAAGAUGUAUUAACAGUCUUAAAGCUAUUAAUGAUAGGAGAAUCAAAUGUUGGAAAAUCAAGCAUACUUCUUAGAUUUACUGAGGAUGAAUUUCAUGAAAAUAUGCAAAGCACAGUUGGCAUGGAUUAUAGAACUAAACAAGUCACAAUUGAUGGCAAUACAGUGAAACUUGCAAUUUGGGACACUGCCGGACAAGAACGUUUUCGUACUCUAACACCUAGUUACUACAGAGACGGUCAAGGCGCUAUAUUAGUGUAUGAUGUUACAGAUAGAGUUACUUUUAUGAAAUUAGAAACAUGGCUUAACGAAUUGAAUACAUAUUGCAAUAAGACAGAUAUUAUUAAAAUGGUAGUGGGUAAUAAAAUAGAUUUACCAAACAGAGAAGUAAGCACUGAAGAAGGUUUACAAUUUGCCCGGAGACACCAAACCCUAUACAUUGAAAGCAGCGCUAAAACGGCAGACGGAAUCAAAUGUUGUUUCGAAGAACUUGUACAAAAGAUAAUACAAACUCCUGGACUUUGGGAUCGACAUGCCCUUCUUAAAUCCGCAGCGUAUGGUAAUGGUAAUAUGGGAGGUGCAAGACAUAGAGGUCAGAGAGGGAUACAAUUGGCAGAUGAGACUCAGCCACACGAACCACAUACAAAUUGUUAUUGCAGUUUGAUUUAAAUGAUUGUAAUAUAAUAUAAAAUUCUGCCAGUGAUAACUGUAAAAGAAACUAUAGCUUGAAUAUGGUCUAAACUUUAUUCAAAAACUAGAUAUUGAAGAGUGAGAUCGUUGAAAACAAAAACGUGAAUAAUACUAUGUCACAUUAUAUUGCUUUGUGUAUGUUACGGGAAAAAAUAUUUUGUACCUUAUGUAUCAAAGAUGGAUACAUACAUAUACAAUGAGUUUGCUUCUAUCUUCUAAUUCUUUGUUAAAUAGUUAAAUUUUAUAGGUAUUUGUAAUACAAAAUUUAUAUUCAUGUAAAUAUAUUAUGCGUAUGCACAUAAUUUAAUGACUAAUAAAUAUCAAUAGAACUGCAGCAACGCUAUAAACAAAUAUGGUAUCUUUAACUCCUGUAGAGAACGCUUUUGCAUGCGCUGCAGCAUUUAUAGCUUCAAUAUUUUCUGAUCUGUUUUUUUAUCAUGAUAUUGAUUUGAUUUUGAUAUUUAUUUGAACAAUAAAUAGGUAAAAUGCAUAUCAUUACAUAUGUAAACAAAAUGUAUUUCAAUAUUACGUUAAAUAUGUUUAUUUAAUGUUCUGCAUUUUAUACGAUUAUAUUUUUAAAAUGUGAUCAAAUAAACAAUAAUUAUCUCAUACAUAAAA